CCAACUACGUCGUGGGCGUAGCGGCUCCUUGUAAUGGCGACCGUGCCGUAGCUGUGCCCAGGUUCGUGUGAAAAUGAAGCGAAGAAGAAGUUAUUUCUUUUAAGUGACACGCCGAGGUUCCCCGGAGGAGGACUUUGCGUCGACGACCGUCGUCUUCACACGCGGUGAACUUAGCUGUACUUUUGAACUUUUUCGUUUCCCCCUUUCGAUAUGAUGAAGCUCAAGUCGAACCAAACCCGGACGUACGACGGGGACGGCUACAAGAAGCGGGCCGCCUGCCUGUGUUUCAGGAGCGAGAUCGAGGAGGAGGUGCUGUUGGUGAGCAGUAGUCGACAUCCUGACAAGUGGAUAGUUCCUGGAGGGGGAAUGGAGCCCGAGGAGGAGCCCAGUGUUGCUGCAGCUCGAGAAGUGUGUGAAGAGGCUGGUGUGAAGGGGACUUUAGGUCGCUUAGUUGGAGUUUUUGAGAACCAAGAGAGGAAACACAGAACCUACGUCUACGUCCUUCUUGUAACAGAGUUGCUGGAGGACUGGGAGGACUCGGUCAACAUUGGGAGAAAAAGGGAAUGGUUUAAAAUAGACGAUGCCAUAAAAGUGCUGCAGUGUCACAAGCCCGUGCAGGCCACCUACUUCGAGGGCCUCCAGGAGAGUUGCCUGACCAGUAACGGAACGCCUCUGGUGGCCACGAUAAGUGGGGACCUCUCCCCUACCUACAGCAUCAAUCAGAGCUCCGUCUCGGGUAUCAGAUAACUAAAACCAUACAACUCUUUGACACCUCCCCGGGAGCUUUCGCCACCACUUGCGCUCUUACCACGUGUCAUUUCUCUUCUCCUCUUCUUUGUUCUUUUUUUUCUCUUCUCUACUGUCUCAAUAACAUGGUUUGCCUUGCCAACUACUUUGUGCCAGAACUUGUGGCACAGACUUGGUGACAAGUGUAGGGUGAAUAGUCUGAAACACUUUGUAAAUGUAAAUGUAAUUUUUGACCCCUGUUUUUUUUUUUUUUUUUUUUUUUUUUUUUUUCCCCCUCUCUCUUCUUCUCCUUUCUUUUUACUGACAACUGCAUGAAAUGUCGUCCCGUCUCCUCCACUCACUCUUUCUCUCACUCUCUCUCUCUCUCUCUCUCUCUCUCUCUCUCUCUUCCUUUAACGCGCCCUUAGCGUGGUGUUUAUUGAAUGCAAGAACUACUUUUUACUGUUGUAAUGUAAAAGUGUAUACUUAGUGCUUAAGCGGAAAAAAAGGCUUCUGGUGGUCUUUUUAAAGUCUCCUCCAUUUAUUUCAGAUAUAUAUUUUUUUUUUCUUUGUGAAUGAAUGGUGCCCAUUAGUGUACUCCCCAUACCCCCCCAUCCCCACUCCCCCCAUGUUAAUAAGGAUAGGAAAUGUUGUCUGUAUCUGAAUGAACAGAAUUGUGGGAAGUGACUUGUCUUGCAUGAGCACUGUUCUGUUGUGGGUGACCUGACGGUGCAACAGACUUGUGGCGAGGUCUUUUGGAUUCUCUUCAUUUUGGUUCCUUAUCAUCAUCGUCAUCGUCGUCGUUGUUGAUGUCUCCGAUAAGAAGGAUGCGCCCCCCCCCCCGUCCCGUCCCCCGUCCACUAGGUUUUUUUUUUUUUUUUUUGUUCAAGUGUCAAGUGCGUUUCUCUCUCUCACUUCGGGGAAGCUUGCCAAGCACUACAGGUUUCACUCUCCCAGCAGCGCAUAAUAUACACUGUAAAAGAGAGUGAGCGAAUGUCAACAUACAAUGUCAAAUGAACCACCGUUCCUCCUCAGUGUCUUUACCUCCUUUUUCAAUACCCCCUUUUUUUAAUUUUAUUUUAUUUCCUUUGACUACAAAAGUCUUCCUCCACAUAUUGAGAGGGUAGUAGAUUUUAUUUUAAAAAAUCAUGGACUUUGCAGCACAUAUCACUUAAGUUAUUAAAACCCAUUUCCAUGUUUUACUCCUCACAUUCAGUUUGGUUCAAAGCAAUCUGUUUACACUGCUCGUAACGGCACAGGUGACUUCAGUGGGCACUCGUGGGCAUAAUUAUCUAUUUUUUUUCCUUUAUUAUUUAAUCUGCAUUUCCCCCCCCCCCCCCCCCCCCCCCCCGCCCCCAAAAAAACACUCAAAAAACAUCUGCUUGACAUCGAAAGUAAUCAAAUCUAUAAUGCCGGUGCAGAACAAACAAGCCUUGUACAGUUUGAGACCUCGUUUUUAACAUGUAAAAUGCUUUUGGAUACUAGUUUUUUGUUUUUAUGUUUUUUUCUCUCUCUCUAACGUCUGGCAAAAAGUCUCUUUUUGGCCGAGCUGCGUCACUCGGCCUCGACGUGGCGCGAGGCAGCCGGCUCAAUACUGUGAAACUGGAGGCGCUGUAGAUAGCAUGUUAGAGGUUUUUAUUGUAAAUUGUUUAUUUCUGUAUAGAUCAAAGGUGAGAGGACAAAAUGACAAAAACACCUCUUACUCGUCUGUGAGUCCGACAUGUCAUUUCAAGUGAGACUGGAAGAAUGGAUUGAGCUGUUGGGAUAGAAUACUGUAGAGCUGAGGCUCAUGGACAAGGGAUGUGGUUAUUGGGGAGAGUGAGGAGCAUAUUUAUUAUCGAAUAUUCCCAAAAUUCCGAAUUUUUUUAUUUUAUUUUUUAUUUUUUUUAGAAAUAUUGUUGUUUUUUUUUUGGACCAAACCAAACUUGCAACAGUAAAGGAUUACUGUUCUUUGACUUAACGAUAGUCUUGAGUUUCCAAACCACCGAUUUUAGUUUAGAAGUAAAGCAGCCGCCAGCGGUUUGCAAUAGACGGUUUCUUUCAUUGUUGUUUCUGCAAAAACUUUAACAUGAUACUGUGGUUUUCUGUCCAUAUUUAAAUCUGUCAUUUAUAUGGCAAACAGUUUCCAACCUUAGGAGCCUCGUUGGCAUUUGGGCGAGGGGGGGGGGGGGUCAGUUAAUAAUACUCUGCUGGUUCAUGACUUCAAGUGACCUCUUUCAAAGUCUUUAAAGCUACUAUAAUCAAUGUUUCUAUAUGGAGUUCAACUUUGAGUCCCUUUUUUAAAAUAAUUUUUUUUCAUACAGAUAUGACAGCGAUUACUUUGCCAGCUCUCCAAAAAAAAAAACUCUCCCAUUUUAGUUUUGGAUUGUGGCUGUAUUUUCUUGAAUGCUCAAAAAAAAAAAAGUAAAAUUGUUUCAUCUUGGUUAAAAUGAUGGGAUGCACAUUUAAGGAAACUACAGUAUCAUGAUUCAGUCGUCCAGAAACCUUUUUUUCAACAACAAAAAAAAAAAAAAGGAAAGAAAGAAACCGCCAUGGGAAAUAACACGGCACUGAAAUCAGUGUUCACAAAAAGCGAAGCUGGAAAAGGGGGUCAGAAGGUUGCUCGGCACCGGGCGGUUGUCUUUUUAAAAAAUUUUUUAUUCAUGGUCCUUUUUCUCCCGGUAAUUGUGGGGGCACAACUCAGCCAGAAAACCAACUCCAGACAGACUCCUUUUAUUAUCCGUCAAUGGCGAGAGAGAGAAAAAAAGAGAGAAAAAAACCCCUCUCUGGAUGAAAGUAUGUGUGGAAGGAGUCACAAGCCUCCUUCACAACAGGGCCAGACUUUGACUUUAUUGCCGUGCACCAGGAAGGCGCGGUUGGCCCAAAGUCUGGCUUUAUGGGGAUGGGGGGGGGGGAGGACACCUGGCACUUAAAGAGAGAAAGCGUGCGUUGAUUAGACCCCAUCGAGUCUUCAUUGAAAUGUGCGAUCGGACGUCAAGGGCUUGAAUCUGUAUAUGGCUUUAAAAAAAAAUCUAAAACUGAGUAAUUGGAUGGUUGGAUGACAGGUACUGUCAAAAUGAAUGUGAGGAGGAUGUUCACAAGUAACAGCCAGUGACUUAAUUAUUAAUGACCACUUGUUCUGGAUCCAUUUUUUUUGUUUUUGUCAAUUUAAUCUGUUGUGUUAUUGACAAGAAUAUGUCUUGUGUAUAGCUAACACGGCACCCUUUCAGCCAGAGGACGCACGUCGGUCAAUAAGGAUGAGUGUCCAAUUUUUAUUUUAUUUUUUUGUUAACUCCCUUCUAACUGAAAAUACAAGCACUUCCUGUCAUGUGUAAAGUGAUCUGGGCUGGAGUUCAGCAGGAGAUUUAUGAAGUACAUGAAGUCUCCAUAUGAGCACGUUGGGAGUUAAAUGUGGAGUCAAAGGUAUCUUCCCCUUUUUCCUCACUGCAGAUUUCUAUAACUUUUGGCUCUCGUGUAGGACAUUGAAGCUUCAGAACUCGGGGGAGGGGGGGGGGGAGAAAAGCGAGAGGACAAAUUAUUUAGAGAACAAUUUGAGCUUCGGAUAGUCACUUCCUUUUUUUUUUUUUUAUUUACCAAAGGUGAUGGUAUACAUAUGUAUUGCCCCAUCUUGUGGCCAACGCGAAAAAAUAAGUGUAUAUAUUAAAAGCACUGCUGAGGAUCGUGGCAUUCGGUUUCCUUUAGUGUGAUGGUCAGAUGGGCAUUUUAAUAACUGAAUGACUUAAAUAAUUAGAAAUUGAUUGAUAAACACAGUUCAAAGAUUCACCCCCCCCCCCCAAAUACUAGUAAUUGAGUAACAAACUAAACACUUGCACCUGACCUCAGCCUUGAAGUUACGUACUCGUAGUUCUGUUCUCCAAGGUAAAUGUGUCACUGGAAUUUUUCCUCUCCUCCCUUCUUUUGUCAUUUGGGACUGUGGAAUAAAACCAGUGCGAGAAGACUGAAGAUUGUAAUAUAAAUGUGCCAACAAAUAAACACCAGUAUUUCACAUUCA